AUGUGCGGCGCCACCAAGAUCGUCACCGUCACCAGGAACAACGGCUCAGGACUCGAAAACAAGAAUUUCGAGCUGAAAAUCGAGCCUGGAAUGAUAGAAGGAGACGUUCUCACGUUCCCCGGCGAUGGAGACUCGCUACCGAAAAAGAAGCCACAGGAUCUCAUUUUUGAGCUCAAGGUAGAUAACGAUGAAGAGGAAAGAAAUUGGGAUCUGUUUUCUGAAGCAAUAAUUCAUUUUCGAAAAAAAGUAAAUAGCCUUUACUGAUUUCUAUGGUUGUAUAAUGGACCCAUUAAACGUUUUCUAAUGUAUUGCACACUUUUUGUUAAGAUAAAGUCGAAUCCCGAGCUCCGACGGGACGGUGCAGAUUUGCACUACACGCAUCGCCUUCCCUUCGCGGACAAUGUCUGCGGAAAGACGAUCUGUGUGCCAGAAUUGGCGGGCGAAGUCAGAUUCACACUGAUGGAGCCGGUCGAGUCUGGAACCGUCCGAAGGUCGGUCGCAGCGUUUCCAAGCCAUUCCACGUCCUGAUCGAAUUCAGAUUUCCGCGUCUCGGAUUGCCUAAAAACGGUGGAAAGCGCGGCGAGCUCAUUGUUACGUUUGAAAUCAUUUACCCGCGGUGA